UGAAUACUGAAUCUUGUCUAUUAGAGAUACCAUUGAAAAUCAUGUUAAUCAUCAAUUCACAAAAGUAUACAAACACACACACACACACACACCAAAACUACGGUUACUUUUAUCAAAUUAGCCUAACUGCAGUUCAAAGUUUCAUUAUUGAAUAUAAUUCUAAGAUCUUUAUAUUAUUUUCAGUAUAAUCCAUUUUACGGGGUGUGAUAAACAAACCAUUAGGACAGUGGUAUACAACACCGUUUCUGUAAUUUAUCAAAUACACUUGAAGAAAUGUUUGCUGAUCUAUACGAUAGUUCAUGGAUGUACAACACAGGUAGCAAAGUUACAAUUAUAUUGAACGGUAGUAAUAUUUCUGCUCUAUCAGAGUAUACGAAAAUGGUUUUUCUAAUUCUUGGAAUUGAAAUAGCUAUUACACUGUUGAUCAUCAUAAUCUUAUCAGUGUUAGAGACAGUUCAUAAAACACCUAAUCCAUGGACAGUUUUACCUUGGAUAUUGAUGUACGUUUUUAGUUAUUGCAAUCUUAUCAUUAUUAUCAUUUGUUGACUUAAAAGUAAUAAUACAAAUUCUAAUCAAGUUUUCCGAAAGUUUAUUUGUCACAUUCAAUUAUGUACCCAUUUGGAACAUCAUGUCAAUCAACACAAUUUGCUCAUCACAUUAAUAGACGGAUAUCGGUGAUCAGGAAUCCAUUAUCAAAUAAUAAUAAGUCGUACAUGCAUGCUGUCUGAAUUAUGUUAAUGAAUAAUGAUCCCAUCACUUUUAUUACAGUUUAUAAUGAAUAACAAUCCAACUUUUCUACUCUUUAUGGAGCUUGUCUUAAUUUUUAAGCUACAUGUUAUUCCCUGAAAAAAUUUCCAUCAUAUUAAAACACAAUUAUAUGAACGAAGAAUAUUCUUUUCAAUGAAUUUCUCAUCAGGUACUCUACAAUUAUAAAUUAAUAAUCCAUAAAAGAAGGUUGACCAAAUUUAAGGCAGAGUACAUCAAUUUAACAUAACUGUAAUAGGUGAAUCAAGGGAGUGUUGUUUGUCAUAUAAAAUAAUAAUAAGAUCGAAUCGUCAGUGUUUUGGGGGAUGACUAAUAUGAAGUGUUAACUUGAAUCAGUUUAUAGGUGAAAUGAAAUCGUAAGAUAAAUGAUGAUCAGAAUAUAUGCAUAGUUGACAUGGGGGUGAGAGAUAGAAAAAUGCGAUUACAAAUCAGAAAUUACGUAAUAUGUAGAAUAAUAUAAAUUAGGUCAGAUAUAGUAGUAGAUUGGGGGUGGAUGAUAAAUAAAUUUCUCUAAAAGGUUAACAGAUGUGAUAAUAAUAAGAAGAAUAAUGAUUGAUAAGAUGUGUAGAUAAACUAAGUUGGAGAUAUAGAAAUGAACAUUAAUCAAAUUAAUUUCACCAUAUUCCCAAAAUUGAUUAUUAACAAGUUGACCCUGAAGUUGACCAGGGUAAAAGGAGCGGCUGUAUAUAUUUCUUUUGGAUGCAGAGCUCUGGCUUUUUGAUUCGAAUAGUAAUUGCCUCAGCCGUCUGUAGGAUUCUCUGUCUGACAGAAUUAGGUAGACUCCUAUUUAAACGAUAUAUUAUUGUGAAAGAUUGCUCAAUGUCGGCUCUAUGUCCCGUCUGAACUAAAUGGGCUAAAACAGAGCUGUUAACCGUUCUGACUACACCUUUGCUUAACCACACUGGAAGGUGUUCACGAGCCCGAGUAUACAAAUUCCUAGAACAUUCGCCUAUAUACGAUUUUUGUAUUUUAUCAAGCAACGUUGGAAUUUGUGCUAAAUAUGCUACUACUACUGUUGUGAACAGAACACGACUGUUGGACAAUGGAAUGUAUUUAAGCAAAUAUUACAAAGUAUCCCAGUAAAUUGUAAUAACCAUACAAUGGACAGUUAAUUUGCAAAUUAACAACCAAUAGUCUCCAUGUUCGCUGUUUCUUCUUUAAUUGCAUUGCUCAUGCAUUUUGCAAACGAUUGUGCUUUAUUUCAGUUCUUUCCUGAUCGGUCUUCUGCGAAAAUACAUUCUAUGUCUGACCCACACCAUAUACUACUUAUAUGGAUAUAAGUAGAUCACACCACACUGGUCCCCCCUUUAAAGCAUUCGUUCAUGCGGUGGUUCUGCUCGCCAUGCCACUAUCUUCUUCCACUGCAGUCUGUGACAAACUGUCCGUUAGAAUGUCGAGUCUGCGGCGCGCUGAACUCCAUAGCUCCGUCGACCUGCCGUGGCACCAACAUCCGCAUGCACCCGGCACCUGGGACGUUGAACACCCGUACUCCACCGGCCUGCUGAGCCAUCUACAUCCGAUGUCCGCCCAGCAGCCGCACAUCCCACUGCUCCUCUCCGUCGACAGCACC